AGGAUCGAAGAUAGGAUCGAUAUCGCUGGCUAAGAAUGGUUUGUCGUCGAUAACACAGUGAAUCACGAGAGCAAAGCACACAGUUGGCCGAGCAAGAGGAAAAAGAGCUGUUGUGCAGCUCUAAUGGGAGAUGGCGACGCGGUUUGUUUUCCUUCCUUGGUUGGUGUACACUCAAAGAGCAGCCGGUUAUGUGCCUUGUCCACGGACAAACUCGCGCAUAUUCUAUCUCAGAAUCGCAUACCCCACCAAAAUCUAUGUUUGCAGUUUCCACCACGGCGGUAGUGGCAUGUGCUCCACGUACACUCCCCUCUUGCUUAUUAGUGAAGACUGAAACCAGGUCUAGAUUUUAGUACGCAUCAGAAUCUCCGACUAUGAGAAGUUUUCACACGUCCAAUCGUAUUUUCUGUAGAUUUGUAUCGAACGGUCAUCAUGACGGAGGUUUCUCAGCACGCGAAAUUUCGAUGUGAGUUCUGGGUUCUAUAAUAAACACAUUUGUGUCCGGUGUCAUUCAAUAAAAACCACGUGUAUACUCGAUUCUUUCUUUCGUAUUUGGUUAUGACGUCUUUUAUCUAUGACGAUACGAAUUGUGCCUUGGACGCGAAACGAAUGACACACUGCUUUAUCAAGAGGUUCCUGUCUUUAUAUUUUUAUUCGUCCCGUGUAUACGUCAGCCACGAUGAUUCGUUUUGCUAUGUGAAUGUAUCGCAAGUGCGACGCGCAAUCGAAUUUCUUUUGCGUCAUCAUCACUAUGACGCUCCUUUUACAUUGCUUCAAAACAACUUCCUACCUUUCUUAAUGCUUCAAAUCUUAAUAUUCAAAUUACAUACCGUUCAAUUUAUUACCACUUUCACUGUUAUCUAUUGUCUUUUGUUUUGUUUUUGGUCAGAUUUACAAUAUAUAUCGCGUAUCGUGGCGUUGCUUCAUGACGUAUUGACUGCGCCUACCAAAGAUUUACGCGCGUUGCAACUGCGCGCGCAGCCAAUUUUCUCAUUUGCCCAACACCAUCCUUCCCUAUAACUCUCCAUCUUCGUUUCGAUUCUACAUCUUUUUUCAUUUCUAAGUAACUACUAUGACAAUGCGAUUAUCCCAUAAACAUAACAUGAUUUCACUGUCCAUAUAACUAAAUUGUUCGUCUCGUUUUUAUAAUCACCCAAUGGACUUAUCUCGAUGCACUCGAGCGAUUCGAAGAAAUGGAAUGCGCAGUCGUGCGCGCCUGUCCACGUGUUCCCGCACUAUUAAAUUGCACACGUUCGAAUUGUUAUUCCUCCCAUUAUCUUGUUCUUCUACCAUACCGUUUCUUAUUUUUCCUUCCACCAUGUCAACCGGUCUGCGUCUGUCCCAUUCUUCGAGACACAACAUUCCUCCGCCGAUAUAAUAAGCGUCUAAUAGGAAUCAUUACCACGACCACAGUGAUAAUAAUCGCGAGUCAUGCAGGUAGUCACAGCGAUUUUUCCCUCCCGUUUUGCGGAUGUCCACAGGGACCGAGAACCUCACCUGCCGGUUUAUUCAGCUUCGAAAGGAAAAUGGAAAGCUCUUUACCGGACGCAAAUAUUCAGCCCAAGCUGGAUGGGAGAACUGAAGAAUCCGGUUCACGGAGACAGAAACAAUGUGGAUGACGUUUCAUGGCCCUUUUACAAUGCGAUCGACGAGGUUCUUGGAUACGAUCGGGGAUCUACGCCGAUCGGCGAUGAGUACAUCGAUCCCCACGAAUUCCUUUGCGUCUCCGUGACACCGGAAGAGCCCACCUCGUCCGUGGACGCACUUCCUGCGCAAUCUAAUCCGGAAAUCGAUCGUCGAAUCAACGAUUCGUUUCCGGAACGGAGGUUAAGGGCACUUAGUGCCAACUGCACGAUUGAGGUCCAGAAAGUACGACCUUCUGGUGUUAACAGACAGAUGAACAAAAAUUUCGCAAAGAGGAAACGAACCACGCGGAACGUCGCGGUCGCGAUACCACGGCUACCACAUGCCACAGAACUAACGAUCGAGAAAGUGACGUCAGAGACGGACUGCAUCAAGGAUUUAUCCAGACUACGUGGAAGGGACGCCGCGUCGAGUCAAGAAGACAAAGAGAGGUUAGAGCGUAACGAGGAUGAGGGGAUGCCGAGAAAGUCGCGAAAAAGCCGUAUGGCAGCACCGUAUUGUGAUGAUCGCGAUUCACGGACCGAUCGCCGUAUAGAGCAGAUCUUUGAAUAUAUCAAACGACGAGACGAAGAGAAUAGAUCUAUCAUGGUACGAGUGAUGCACGCGGUGGAAAGCAUCGCUAACAAACUGUGACACUGCUGUGGAUAUAGAAGGGGAGGGGAUGAAACCGUAUCUGACUACUUUCUAGAAAUUAUGCAAUCGGUUGAUUAAUGAUGCGAUAAGAUUAUAUGAACGACGCUUUUAUACCACUCUUUGCGUAUUCCUUUUAUUGAAGAUAAUGUAGAUGUAUUAAAUAUGUAUGAAUGAAAAUAUGAAAAUGUUUUUUACUUGUUUCAUACAUGUUUAAUUAAAUGCAAGAGAGGUUAGGUGUGUAAAUUAUUGGAUUUUUGAGAAUAAACAUGGAGCAGUAAUGAAAGAGAUUUUCUUUCAGAAAUAUUACAGGGCUAUUACUGAUGGGCGUAAAGUUCAAUCGCAUAGUAAAUUAGACUUAAGUUUAUAUACAAAUUUCAAUUUUAAGGCGGAAUUCGAGUUUGUUAAUAAACGAUAUUUUCAAAGAUAAUUUAUCUUGAA